CAAAAGGCCACAAAAAAUUGUAUUUUUGUUCUCAAAACAACAGAAAUAAAAGAAAAACAACAGAAUUAAAUCAGUUUAGUGAAAUUCUUGUGACCAAAAGUACAAAAUCAAAUCUAAGCACCAAAAACAAAAUCCAAAACAUGGAAGAUCUUAAAAGAAAACCAAAACAAAUCGACUAUCAAAGUCCAAGAUGUUCAACCUCGACAAUAGACAGUGACAUAGCAGCAGAAAUAAUCAGACAAUAUGAAGAUAUGAAAAAUAUCACAAAUGACAAUCUAACAUUUCAACAUACACAAAGUAAUUCUGAAUGUCCAAAAGUUCAAAAUACAAUGAAAUUUGAUAAAAGUGACGGAAUUCAUGUUGGUGAUGUUAUUAACUACUAUUGUGGGUCACCGACUUAUACAGCCACAAAUCACUCUCAUUAUAAUUCAAAAUCCCCAACAUCACACUCGGAGAGCACAAUAAUCUCAUCUAUCAAUAUAAAAGAGAGAAAAUUACUCUCGUGUGUCUCACGAAAGCACAGACUGUUGAUGAUAAUGAUAAGCGUAAUUAUCAUAGCAAUUACUGGUGGCAUACUUUUUAUGAUGCGUCAUAAACUUAUUGGAACCGAUAUGACUGAAGCAACAACGAUAAAAUUUAUCAUACCUACGUCAAGUACGGAGGUGGAUAUUGAUAAUACAACGACAAUUUAUCCAACAACUACAACUUCCGAAGUGACAACAUCAACAAGUAAAAUCACAACUACAUCCACUGAACAUGUGACACCCACAUUACCGCCGAUAAUUACACUUGAGUCAUUUGUUAGUAGAAAACUGUGGAAUGCAGAACAGCCGCGUGCAACAGUUGAAUUAAAAUUACCAAUUUAUCGAAUAAUUAUAGCUCAUACAGCCAGUGAAAGUUGCAAUUCAGAACAAGAAUGCACAAAGUUCGUGCAAGAACUGCAAAGAAAUUCCACACAUUUAGAUGAUAUUCCAUACAACUUCCUCAUUGGUAAUGACUCAAAAAUUUAUGAAGGUCGAGGUUUUGAGUAUGAAGGUCAACACACAUCGAAUAAUGAUGCGACUGAAUAUAAUAGUAUUGGAAUCUGUGUAGCAUUUAUUGGAAAUUAUGAGCAUGAAACAAUUUCAGAAUCUCAGGUUAAAGUCUUUCAAGAUUUUAUAGAAUUUUUUAAAGAAUCAGAAGUUAUAAAUGAGAAUUACACAAUAUUUAUGCAAGAUCAACUUAUGCAGACUGAUGUUUUUGCUGGUGGACUUUUAGAGACAGUGAAAAAUUGUAGUGGAUAUAGGAAAUUACAAAAAAUUUAUCACAGAGCUGAGUGGAAUGCAGAACCUCCAAGAUUCUUAGAAAAAUUCAGUUUUCCUAUGAACUGGUCUAUUAUUACGAGUACUGCAGAUCAACUGUGUUCUGGAUUUACCAAUUGUUCAGAAAGAGUCAAAAAACUUCAAACAAAAGCAUUCGGUAACAAUCUUAAUGACAUACAAUUCGGCUUUUUAAUUGGAGGUGAUGGCCUAAUAUUCGAAGGACGAGGUUGGGACUACAUUGGACAACACACAGAUGAUUUUGACAAUAAAACUAUUGCAAUUUGCGCCAUUGGAUCUUAUGGCGUACAAAAGCCAACAAAGGCUCUUCUUGAUGCGACGCUGAACCUCAUGGAAGAUGGAAAAGCAUUGGGAAAAUUAACUUCAAAUUAUAUUGUGAAUGGAAGGCAAGAACUUGGUUUUGAUCUAGAUGGUCCUGGUGGUGACUUUCUUACGGAAAUUCGUAAAUGGAGACAAUGGAAGUAUUGGGGAUUUUCAAGGAAACAGAAAAAUAAAUCAAGAAAUUUUUAAGCUACAAAUUGAAUUGUUUGUUUAUUAAGGAAUUCCAAUAACAUAAGCUACAAAUCAUGAGAAAUAUUUUUCGUUU